AUGUCAAAAGCAUUCCAAGAGCGCUUCAAAACAAAAUCAAGCAUAAUGAGCAAAUCAGGAGACAUUGAUAUUGACACUCUUCACGCAAUCAACAAAAGUGAACUGAGAUCGUCUAUAGAUUCUGCUCGCUUGCCAUCAAAUCCGUUAUUAUUUCCUCCGAUCCAAAAAUCACCAAUUUCUGAAGAGGUUACCAAAUUGAAAAAUUUUAAUCCUUCUAUUACAAAUAACAGUAAUAGACUCAACCCUAUGUAUAGAUAAUUUAGAACCUCCCCAAGAAACCAAGAAAACUCGAAUAAAAGAUACUCAAAACUCAGUGUCAGCCCGAAUAAGUUAUACAAAAAUUUAUCACAGCAUGCUAUUGAAGAAAGAAAAGGAAAUUUGGCUAGUAACGUAGAUAUACCUGUUUGCCAAGAAUAGCUCACUAAGGAGCGCUUUUUGGUUCGCCAUUCUUAAAUUUGGUUAGCCAGAAAAUAUGCCAAGCCAGCUAUAGCCCGGCCAACCAAAAAAUACUCCUUAGUGGGUAAUUCUUGGUAAAAAGUAUAUUUCAAUGGAUAGUAGCGUAUACAUAGCAAGCCAUAAGGAUUCUUAUGUAAAUAACUAUUAUUGGCAGGCAAACCAUAAGCCUUCUUAUGUGGGAGGCGAAAAGUGGCUUAUUGAAAAAAGCAAAAGAAGACAAAAUAGCUACGCGGAAAGAAUACAAAAUGUAGUAGUCGGAGCUAAAAUUAAUGCAUUUAGCUUUCCUCAACACAUUUAUCACGGAAAAAACAAUGUGGAACAGAAACCGAGAGUUUAUUUUUAA